AUGCAGGGAGAGGGCGAAUCCAACAUCUUUGGAUCCAUCUUCCCCACAAGGCGUUGGUCGGGGGACGCUGAACGGGAGCAACUGAUCAGCCAAGCCAGUCCAACCUUUGAUCAACCAACCACCUCGAGGCAAGAUAACUACGGUUCCUUGGAAAACCCUCGGCGAAGAACGUUGAGGGCAUCGGAUCCAGAAAUGGCUAAUAUGGUGGUGAGGAAGAAUAAAGGUAAGUCUUUAUUGUUUUUAUUGAGGUUGGUUUAGGACGGCUUUGAUCUUGGAAGUAUAGUUAUUCAGUUCUAUUCUUCUAGAAUCUCCUAAAAUUAGGACGGCCUUGAGUGCAGGACAUUUGGAGAACCUUGAAACCACUUCAGAUUCCUCUUCAGAGGAUUCAUUUGAAUUUCAUGGAGCUUCGGACGCCGCUAAUGCCCAUUAUGCGGUUAUCCAUUUAAAUGAUGAGGAUCUUCACAUUUGGGCCUAUAAGCUCUGCCUAUGGAAAGCGGUAGGGUCUUUUAUUUCUGAUUUAUUUUUUUUAGAUAUUAAUGUACCUCUUUUCUUUCGCGACUCUUGGAAUAGUCAGACUAGUUCUAUAUUGGUACCCUAAAUUAUAUGUCCACUGUACUUCUAAUAAGUCCACAAUGGCUGAGAGUGACUACAUGUUAGUUAGGUAAGAGAGAAUUCUCAAUUCUAUAUUGUGUUUUAGGGAUGAUCAUCAAAAUUUGGCAUUUCGCAAGAUACGAAUUGCAAAGCCACCUUCAAAUGAUUUCCUAUCCAUGCCCGUGGGAAAAGGGAAGAUGGUCUCUGUCUCCAGUUUGAGGUAUUUUACCUACAGAAAGCUGUGCUAUGUCUGGCAUCCAACGGAAAGUAGAUUCUCGACAACAGACCAAUUGGAAAACGAUCUCCCACUUGGUUACUUCCACGAUUGCUGGGACGGACAGAAAGGAUUAACCGAAGCCGAAGUUCAGAGACGUUUGACUGUUUACGGGAAGAAUCUGAUUGAGGUCAAAUUGAAACCAAUCAUAGUGCUGUUGUUCAAGGAAGUGAUUUCUCCCUUUUACAUCUUUCAAGUGUUCAGGUGAGUAACAGGCAGAGCCGUUGGUAUGAAAUAAGAUUAGAAUUGAAGAUUACUUAUGUAAACUUUUGUUUUUAGUGUGUUGGUAUGGUACUCAGAUGACUAUGAGUACUAUGCUUCCAUUAUUGUAUUGAUGUCGGUCUGUUCAAUUGUUAUGGAUAUCUUCCAAAUUAGACGGCAAGAGAAGAAAUUGAGAGCAAUGGUUCACAGUGAAGAUGUUGUGGAAGUGGUGAGAGAUGGUGGUAAAGUGAAGAAAGUCUCGUCGUCAUCGGUAAGUAGUUUCAUUCAAUGCUUUAUUCUUUAGUUGGUACCCGGAGAUGUUAUCUUGAUCCCACCUCGAGGCUGUAUUCUUCAAUGCGAUGCUGUUCUAAUGAAUGGAACUGUGAUACUGAAUGAGUCCAUGCUUACUGGAGAGUCUGUACCGGUCACAAAAGUUGCUUUGCCCGAGCCGGAAGACGAUAAACAUCGUGAAUAUGAAUUUUCUUUGAAGGAACACUCCAAGCACAUCUUAUUUUGUGGAACAUCAGUUCUUCAGACUCGAUUUUACGGGGGAAAACCAGUCCAGGCCAUCGUUUUGAGGACAGCUUACUUGACUUUGAAAGGUCAAUUGGUCAGGUGAGAAUAAAUUGGGAUUUUAUUGUAAAAUAUUGUUUUAGAUCAAUCAUGUACCCCAAGCCUGUUGAUUUUCGAUUCACCAAGGAUUUGUUCCGUUUUGUUGGCUUCUUAUCGAUGAUUGCGAUGGUUGGAUUUGGGUAUACGAUAGCGGUGAUGAUAAUGAGAGGAUCGGCCUUAAAAAAGAUCAUCCUCAGAUCUCUGGACAUCAUCACAAUUGUUGUUCCUCCGGCUCUCCCAGCAGCCAUGAGUAUUGGAAUAUUCGCAGCGCAGAUGAGAUUAAGAGCCAAGCAGAUCUUCUGUAUAUCCCCAUCAACGAUCAACACGUGUGGAGCUAUUAAUGUGGUCUGUUUUGAUAAGACGGGAACUCUGACUGAAGAUGGGCUUGAUUUCCAUUGCUUACGAGCUGUUUAUGAAGAGCCCCGACAACUUCAAGCAGUGCGAGAGGAAGCUCAUGAGCCGGUCUUUGGAGAAGAAUUAUACGAAUUCCACAGGGACGAACUUCCACAUGAUGGGGAACUGGUAAAAGCUGUGGCCACGUGCCAUUCAUUGACUCGAAUUGAGAAUGAAUUGUGUGGAGAUCCUCUGGAUUUAAUCUUAUUCAACAAGACCAAUUGGAUCAUUGAUGAAUCCCCAACAGAUGAUCAAAUUGAGGAGACCGCCUUGUUCGAUAUGCUCCAACCAACGGUUAUCAGAUCACCCGCAGGGCAUUUUGGAUCAAACGAACCGGAAACAGAGAUGGCUGUCAUUAGGCAGUUUACCUUCAGGUUAGCAUUUUCGCGUCUUACAUUGUAUUAUUCAUAUAUCAAUAGAUGUAAGCCUUAAUUUUAGUUCGUCCUUGCAACGAAUGGGUGUCAUAGUCCACAAUCCCAAUGAGCCUGGUCGUUCCAUGCAUUUGUAUGUGAAAGGUGCUCCCGAGAUUGUCGCUUCUCUGUGUCGACCCGAGUCCGUCCCCUCUUCCUAUGAUAAUGUGGUCAAUCAUUAUGCUCAACAUGGCUAUCGUCUGAUCGCUGUAGCUUCCCGAAAACUUGAUCUCAGUUAUGCCAAAGCCCAGAAGGUGAAGAGAGAUGUGAUUGAAUGCGAUCUCCGAAUGCUGGGUGUAAUCGUCAUGGAGAACAGAGUCAAAACCCAGACUUGUCCAGUGAUUGGUCAGCUUAAUAAGGCCAGAAUCAGGACGGUUAUGGUUACUGGAGACAACGUUCUGACAGCCAUGAGUGUGGCCAGAGAAUGUGGUAUCAUCCGGCCUUACAAAAGAACAUUCCUUCUUGAACAUGGUGGAGUCAUGGGAGAUGGGAGAGUUCAUCUCAGUCUGAGGCAAUCAGCCUCCGCUUCUGAUGAAUUAAAUGAAUUCGAGGAAUCUUCAACCACUGUGGACCCUGAAUGUGGACAUUUGGUGGAUUCGAGUUAUCAACUGGCCAUUACUGGUCCCACUUUCGCGGCCAUUUGUGAUGAUUAUCCGGAACUCUUGGAUAAAUUGAUCUGUGUUUGUGAUGUCUACGCAAGAAUGUCUCCAGAUCAAAAACAACUUCUUAUCAACACUCUACAAGAAGUUAAUUACACGGUAGCCAUGUGUGGAGAUGGAGCCAAUGAUUGCGCGGCCUUGAAAGCGGCCCAUGCUGGAAUCUCCCUGUCCGAAGCCGAAGCCUCGAUUGCCGCACCGUUCACAUCAAAGAUCCCUGAUAUCCGAUGUGUUCCUAUGGUCAUCCGUGAAGGAAGAGCGGCCCUCGUUACUUCUUUUGGAGUAUUCAAAUACAUGGCUGGCUAUUCUCUGACCCAAUUCAUCACCAUCAUGCAGUUAUAUUGGCUGAAUACUAAUUUAACGGACUUCCAGUUCUUGUACAUUGAUCUGGGGUUAAUCACGCUGGUUGCUUUGUUCUUUGGGUACACUCCUAGUUGUGAAAAGUUGGAUUCAACCCCUCCGCCGACAAGAUUGUUGUCCUUGGCAUCAGCUUUGUCAAUCAUUGGGCAGUUAUUUAUCAUCGCUGGGUUCCAGGUAGGGGGUAAUUUUUAUAUUGUUUUUGAUGAAGCUUAUUUUUUGUAAUUGUUUCUGAUUUCAGUUGUUCGUCUUCAUAUAUACAGCCAUGCAGCCCUGGUUUAUUCCUUAUGCGAUGCCAAUGGGAGAUGACGUGGAAGAUCGAAGAUCCAUGCAGGGAACGGCCAUUUUUUGUGUGUCCACCUUCCAAUACAUAACAUUGGCUAUAAUCUACAGCAAAGGUCAUCCAUACAGAAAACCGUUGUUCUCCAACCGUCCCUUGUGCUUUUCUUUGAUCAUUUUAUCAUUGAUAUCAGCUUGGAUAACGGUCAAUCCACCAGAUUUUCUCUCAUCAUGGCUUGAAUUCGAUCCAAUCCCGUACUUUGAGAACAGGCUAUUCUUGUUGAUGAUUGCGAUUCUUAGUGGGCUGUGCUCUUACUUGUUUGAGAACUAUGUGAUCGAACAUGUUAUCCUUGGCGUGAGAGAACGGUAAGUUUUAUUAUUUGAAAUCUUUACAAUGUUUUUUGAAUUUCAGAAGAAAGAAGCGUCAACAGAUCGUGGCCGACUCCUCAGAUGCUCCUCGUUUUGAGAGGAUUCUGAAUUCGAUUGGCUCGGAACCCCAAUGGAUCCGCAACUUAACGACAGCCGGUCUCCGUUCCGAGCCAUCUCUCUUCACUCCGACUCAUAAUAAGUUCAGAAGGAUCGAAGCCCUGAAUUCGACUCAGGAAGACCGUCAAUCCCUCAAUUCAGGCCUUGUUGUCCUCCGGUCCCCCAAUAAUGACAGCUUUGCCUCAGGGCAUCCGGAUCUCAAUUCCCCGUCAACUGACCGCAGUUCGGCCGUUCUCUUACCAUCCAACUCUCAGCUGAAUGUCUGA